GUCAAUAUUUACUAAAAAAAUACUAGCCCUUAUCUUAUCAAUACUGAAUCAUCUAAUCUACGCCAGUGCCCCGUUUAAUUUUACAGGUGUAUUUCACUACAGUACAUGUGUGAUAUUGUUGUGCCAUUCGUCUUCAGGGAAAAAUGAGAGUGCUAGAAAUUUUUGUAGCGUUUAUAUUUUUUAUAAAUUCGAGUUUAUGUCAAGACAAUGCCGGUACAAAUCUCGCCCCGGCGUUGCAACAGUGUUACAAUACCACCCAGUUUGCCAUAAGGGACUACAGAUUACCAUCAGACAUGACCGUCCUAAUUGACAUCAUUCGAAGAAUCGAAGAUGGAAACGCAUUCCAGGACGCCCGAGAACUUUCUUUCGAAAUUCUCCACAGGUUUCGGCAGGACGGGAUCCGGAGGACCACGAAGGACCUGGACAGCACCCAGGGCAUCCCCUUCAGCCCCAAGGGGAAGGAGUCUUUCAAGAACAGGGUCCAGUUGAAGAAGAUAACGCCCGGAAACGCGUACAAUUUCAAUAACGACAGCUUAACGCCGCUGCAAGCCUGUUCGCUCCAUUUUAUGAUUUCGAGUACGAUUGAUUUGCACGAAUUAGCCGACGAUACCGUGUGUAACAAAAUCGAACAUUACACAUCCCGGGUGGAAAAACGAGAAACUGAGUUUGUGGAAGCCGACCAACCGAAAAAUCGGUGCCCCGUUGAAAGCGGCGUUGUUUACACGAAAUGGGGCGAAGUCAAAGCUGGGAUUUUGUUUGCCGGGAUUGCGGCCGGUUUUCAGCCAAAUUCUGUGCCUGUAGUCAAUGGUAGCGUCGACUCGGCCUAUGCUAGCACACUUGCAGGGGAACUGUCGGAGGUUGCUUUGUACGAAGUAGGGAAACCACGAGUUGUCGGAAAUAAGGGUAGCUGGAACACGACCAUUGACCGGAAAUACUACUUUUUGGCAAAUUCGGAUAAGGACCACUUGUAUCUGACUGAUGCCGAGAUUCGUGGGAGCCUCGAUGGCUUGUUUCUGGCUCUUAACAUCCAAAAGUGGAAGUCACAGUCGAGUGACAUCAAAAUUUCACAAAUUUUAGAUCUUUAUUACGGGAGAGGGGUUUUUAACGAUACGGCACGAGUGUGCAACCGGAAUAAGUUAAUGCGAGAUUUAGUAGCAAGUGACAAACUUGUACAACAAACUUCCUUUUUUAAUUACUUGCUAGAUCAAGAAUCGCAGUACGAUUACACACCCAUCAAGCAAAACUUCCCCACGUUUGCUCAGUACGCUGUCGAGAGCUUGAGAUCUUAUUUAGAUACCAAUCUGAAGGAUCGAGAGUGUUCGGCGGAAGAAGAUGUAAUUGAGCGAGUGUCCUCACAUUUAUUAAUUUUUGUCGAUACGACCUGGACUUAUCAAACGAUUCAGCCGAUUAUUUCCCACAUUUUGAAAAACAUCGAUGUCAAUAAAUACGAAACUUCUUAUACAAUUUACGACGGUACCAACUGUAACACAAUUGUCAAUAGAUCGAGCAGUAUUUUGGACUUUUAUGACCAGUAUAACGUCACCCAACACCAAAAAUAUCCCACCGGGUUUGACUAUAGCAAAGCUAUACAAACGGCGGAAGUAGCUUUUAAGGCGAAAUUAGACAACGCCACCGAUUUGACCGGACAGUCGAUGAUUGUCCUAAUGCUGCCACAUAACAAACCAACUUCAAGCCAAAGCAGUUAUGUUCAAAGUGAAAAAGAGGAUUUCAAAAGCGUUUUGCCCGACGUUAGAAUUAUUGUUGCUGGAUCAGAAAGUAAAGAGUCGUAUUCCGACAUCGCCACAAACUCCAACACAGACGUUUUCACGAUUUCUGAAGGUAGCGACGAGACAUUGCGACAUGCAGCCGAAAAUAUCGUUGCCAGAUUGAAAAAAAUACCACGAAGUGUUGUCAACCCUAAAUGUGGUUCCUCUUUCGAAACUGACGAAACCAGCAGUUUUGAAAUAACACAAUACGUUCAACCCACCACAGUUAAUUAUCACAAAAUUUCGCCGAAUUACUUCAAGGAUGGACAAACGCUGAAGAUUCGGGGACAAGGUGCUGGCACUAUCGCUGUGUGUAUAUCGAGAACUGAUGCCAAUCCGAGGGCAAAUGCCACUGGGGCCAAUUGUACAAACAUCGAAUCCAACGAGUUGACUAGAGACAUCAGUACUUUUUGCACCGAUGAGUCCCUAACCGAUUGCUCUCCGAUUUAUAUUUCUGUCCAAGGAAUGACAUCGAACGUUCGUUGCACAGACAAAUCUUGCCGAUUCCCCAACAACAUCAAAUACACAAUAUCUCUAGAAAAUGUCAAGUGUUCAAGCUGCGGCAAACUGCUUAUAAAUAAUUUGAUGAUUUUCGUCAUGCUUGUUGUUUACUGCUUUACUUCUAAGUACCUAAAUUAGUGAUUACAUAUUUUUAACAAAAUGUACAUGACCUGACAUAAAUAGGUGGUCACAAGUAGUAUAACCAAAACUAAUUAAGCUUUAAAUGCCACGUCAGUUUCUUUAUAUAUUAGAAGUACAUCUGUAACUGAAUUUUUGAAUAUGCAUUUAUAAUAAAAUAAAAAUUUAGAAACUUAA